AUGGAUACUCUCAUAAAUGAAGAAACUAUUGACAACAUAGAUGUCGAACUCUCUUCUGAGGGAACAUUGAAGUUCAGCAGCGAGAAAGAGUUUAAGAUACCAAGAAUGAGUCAUAGAGUUCAAUUGCUUCUGGGUGCAUACCAUAUGACAUUUCCUUUGAAAAGUGUUGACAAAACGAUUGAGAUGAAAUCUGUUCCAUAUGUAUGUUAUGGCAACUGUUUGUACAUUGAGUCAAAAAUAGCUAAUGUCACAGGUAUUUCAGGAGUUAAUAGUAAAGGUUCAGUAGAAUAUAAGUCUUUCUGUUAUGAAGUAAAUUCAAUGUUCAUUCCAAACGUUCCUGUCAUAGCAACUCAUUUAGGUAAAUGGGUUCGCAUUAGUCCUCAUAAUUUGAAAGACAUGCAAUUCAGACUUGUUGACUUUCAAGGAGAGCCUGUAGAACUGAAGGCACCAGUGCGAAUGACUGUUGAAGUUGACUUUUUAGAAAAUAUUAAAUGCAACAGCUUACAAGAGAACUCAGAGCUAAAAAUAUAA